AGCAGUUCUGCAAGCAGCAUUGCCUUGGUCAGAUCUCGGUGCGAGGCAGAACAUCAGUUGAGAGCUUGUGAUUUGUGGGUGGUAGUGUGCGCUGCAUUCGAUGGUUUGUGAACAAGACACGGUGACACUUUAACGCUAAGUGAUUUAUUUCCGGUAGUAGGAAAGUACAAUUUCGUGACAAUCGGCAAUAAAAACAUUUCAAACAAAGGAAAACCAAAACAGUGUAAAGAGAACAUACAAAAAAACAAACGCAAAAAGGAAAACUGUGCGAUAAAAGGUGACGGUUCGCACAGACGAGGAAAAGAGAACCAAGUGGCAUCAAGCCACAGUAUCGUACACCAUCUGGCCGUCGCCCCGGCGGCAGUGCUACCGUUGGUAGCAACCAUGGAAGGCAGGUCUGGAAUGCUAUUUCUUCGCUAUCAGUUUGGCAGGAAAGGCAUCAACUAAAGAGAAAGUGAACGGCCAAGGUGAGGCCAGUGUCGACCGGCAGAGGAAGUAGUUGAGGGAGGGAAGGAAUAUUUACUAUGCAAGGAUAAAGUGAAGUGAGAAAAUUCCGAGUGUUUUAUUUUGCGUAGCCCGGCCAUGCGCCCCCGCUCGACUGGUGGCUGGCCCCGUCGCACAUUAAGCAUCGAACCAUUGGACAGGAUAUAACGACGAGAGAACUGUAGCGUAUGUGCGCACAAAGGGGUUCCAACAUGAUUUCGGUCGCGUGAGUCAGUCGCAAGGCGUUAGUGUGUUCAUUGUUGUGCCGGGCUUUGCAGUUCCUGCAUUCCUGGCUGUGCAAACGACAGCUACAACUACGACGUUGACUGUAAACACCAGCCCAUGAACCGUACUCCUCUGUUAACGUAUAUUCAUGCGAAGUCGGGUCGAUCGGAUCGGUGGCUAUCUAAAUGUGUAUACUUUCAAAAGCAAACUAUUCCUCUACUCCUGAUGCACCAUGAGCGUCUAGAUUGUGGAGGUGCUGGAAUCACAUACACACUCACAUAAGCUGGAACCACACGGUGUCAGCUCAAUUCGGUUAGUUUACCUGCUGGCCGACGGGUAGUGAGGUUGCAAUACUACAAAAACCCAUUGGUCUCUGUAGUGUGGCUGUAGGUUAGUGUACGUGUGAGUGUGUGUAUGCAUCUGCUAGUGUGUGAGUGUGAGAGAUAGUGUGUAGCUUGGUCGGUCGGAACACCUCUCAUUCGAACCAAACGUUUGUCUUGGAUCACAUGAGCUGAGAACUGGCUAGGAUAAUCACAGCUACAUCUGAUGGUACAAAACUGCACUGAGCUGCAUCGAAUUGCACAUACCUCGGAGAACGACAGCGGUGGCGGUAACGCAACGAUGGCCAGGAUGACCACCAUGCCACCUCAGCGAGUGAGAAUGGAAUUUCUUCACUGGUCCACGAUAGCGCUGGUCAUUGUGGCGUAUGUACUGAAUGCAACACACAUCUUUGCCACUGCUCAGGGAGAACAAGAUGAUGCAAUAGAGGAAACUAACUCUUAUAUACUGGAUAAAGAUUUACCGAAAUUUGGAGAGCCAAUUCAAAAUCUCACUGUUCCAGUUGGUCGUGAAGCGGUACUGACAUGUGUUAUUAACAAUCUGCAAACAUACAAGGUGGCGUGGCUUCGGGUGGAUACUCAAACAAUAUUGACAAUUCAAACACAUGUCAUUACAAAAAAUCACCGCAUGACCAUCGCUCACGUCGAGGGUCGCGCCUGGGUUUUGCGCAUUCGCGACGUGAAGGAGUCGGACAAGGGAUGGUACAUGUGCCAGGUUAACACGGACCCAAUGCGUAAUCAGAUUGGCUACCUUAAUGUUGUAGUUCCACCCAACAUACUGGACUAUCCCACCAGCACCGAUAUGGUCGUGCGCGAGGGAAGCAAUGUAACAUUGAAAUGUGCCGCUUCCGGUUCGCCAACUCCUUCCAUCAUUUGGCGACGGGAAGGCAAUGAGCCCAUCAGUGCCGGAGCUACCAGCCUGAACAGCUCCACCUUUUCCAUUUCGCGAGUUAAUCGACUACACAUGGGGGCAUAUUUGUGCAUCGCGUCGAAUGGUAUCCCACCGUCGGUCAGCAAACGCGUCAUGUUGAUUGUCCAUUUUCCGCCAAUGAUAUGGAUUCAAGAUCAGCUUGUUGGCGCCGCCCUGGGACAGCGUUUGACUCUCGAGUGUCAAUCGGAAGCUUACCCACGCUCCAUCAAUUAUUGGAUGAAGAAUGACACCAUCAUAACGCAAGGAAAACACUUUGAGCCGUCAAUAAAGGAAAUCAAUAGCUACAAGGUGGUGAUGAAGCUGACAAUUAAAGAUAUUAACAUCGCCGACUUUGGAACAUACAAAUGUGUUGUAAAAAACUCGCUCGGCGAAACGGAUGGCUCGAUCAAGGUCUAUCACAUUCCUUCUACUACUACAAUAGCCACAAGUCCUCCUGCUACCACGACAGUUGCAACUACCACAGAAACAGUGUUUCGGAAAAAUUAUAAAAACAAAAUCUAUCGCCCGCCGCUGGAUGACUAUUCUUCAUCGUCCAACAAAAUCAUAGGAAUAGGAGACAGUUCUGAGACAUGGAAUAUCGACGGAACAAUUGAGAAAGAUCGUGACCACCGAUACAGAGAUAAUGGAGCCAGUUUCACCGAGGAUCAACGGGAAAAGGAAGCGUUUGUGGAUACUGAAGGAAAUUCACGAGCUUGUUCACAUGGCUGGUCUACUGGAUAUAUUCUGUUAGUUGCCGUCUCUUUCAUUAUUGUUCUUUCUGUAAUCAGGUGCAGGUGAUUUCUGUAUUAGAUUAACUCGCUACAACAUGAGAUUAAUUCAAGUAACGCAACAAUUACGCAUCAACAUUACUUAAUCUUAGAUAAAUUAUAAGACUUGAGUGACAUAGAAAUCAGGCCAAACACGGUUAGCAAAAGAAUACAACGUGCGUUGAAAAUUGCAGGAGCACUGUACAUGUAAAUUUCUCUGCGAAUAGCAAACAAAUAAAUGAACAGACGAUUCAAAAUCGAGCAUGAUGCUUGAAAGAGCAAUGUUAAAACUGACAAUGUAAUAAAGUUUUUAUAUUAAAAAUGAAAUGAAAUUAA